AUGCCCAAAUUAAAAUCCUUUUUUUUGAGGUCCUUCCUUUUUUUUGUCAUAAGUAAAUAUAUUUUGUGCAACAAUAUGAAUUCAAUUGGUAAAGUAUCCCCAUUUAUUUUUGUUCAAACAAAGUCCAAAGAAUUAAAUGUUGCAACCCCUCCUUACACCGUUUUUAACUUUGCGACCGAAGCAAAUUCUACUCAAGAUAUCAUAGAGGACCAUCUCAAGAGUAAAGAGAAAAAAGCUAUGAGACGAUUUAAGCAGGAUUUGAGGAACAAAAGGGAGCGUGCUGAAAACAUUUUAGCAAAUUUGUUGUCAAGCUCUUUGGAGUUUUUUGAUGCGGAGGAAAAUUAA